CAAGCACCCCGGGCAUGGUAUGAAAAACUUAGUUCCUUUCUUUUAGGAGAAGGCUUUAAAAGGGGCUCGGUGGAUAAAACUCUCUUUAUAAAAAAUAAAGGACAACAUAUGCUACUAGUUCAAAUAUAUGUUGAUGACAUUAUAUUUGGAUCUUCUAGCAAAGAGUUGUGCGAAUAUUUUGAAAAUAUCAUGAAGAAAACUUUUGAAAUGAAUGCCAUGGGAGAACUAACAUACUUUUUGGGUUUUCAAAUUAAACAAACAACUCGAGGCAUUUUUACUAGCCAAACCAAAUACAUUCAAAAUAUGUUAAAACGUUUUGAAUUUGGGAAUCUAAAAACUGCAACUACACCUAUGGCCUCUACGAUUAAACUAGACAAGGAUGAGUCGGGUAAGUCAAUUGACGAGAAGUUCUAUAGAGGAAUGAUUGGGUCACUAAUGUAUCUUACUGCUAGUAGACCCGAUAUUCAAUUCGGUGUGUGUUUGUGUGCUAGAUUUCAAAGUGCUCCUAAGGAAAGUCAUCUGACUGCUGUCAAGAGAAUCUUUCGUUACUUAGCUGGCACAAUGGAUCUAGGUCUAUGGUAUGAUAGUGAGUCAAGUCUUGAUCUAAUUGGUUAUAGUGACUCAGACUAUGCUGGGUGCAUAGUUGAUCGUAAGAGUACUUCCGGGACAUGUCAAUUUCUCGGAAACUCUCUUGUGUCUUGGUUUAGCAAAAAACAAAGCUCUAUUGCUCUAUCCACCGCCGAGGCUGAAUACGUGGCCGCUGGCCUGUUCUGUACUCAACUCCUUUGGAUGAAGCAUCAACUUUGUGACUACGGGUUAGAAAUAAAGUCCAUGCCCGUAUUGUGUGACAAUACGAGUGCCAUUAACAUGGCAAAAAAUCUCGUACAGCAUUCUCGAACCAAGCACAUAGAAAUUAGGUAUCAUUUCAUUCGAGAAUUGGUUGAAGAAGGUCAAAUUCAACUUGAGUUUGUGCCUACGACGACCCAAUGGGCGGAUAUUUUUACUAAACCUCUAAAUAUUGAUCAAUUCCUAAUCAUUCGUAGAGAACUUGGGCUUAUUCCUUCUAGUGAGAUUAAAGAUCUAAGGUGAAAUUAACAUGAGUUAUUAAAAUUAACUUAACAUAAGAAGCCUGCUAAAACUCUCGGCCCUAAUCUAUUCCUUGUGGCCUGGUAAUUUAAGCCACUCACAGACUUUGUGGGCCGAAACCAACGCCCUUCCCUGUCCUUCUCCCAGACUUGCUUGGGAUUUCCACUGUCGAGCCCAUUUCUAACUUUCUAAUUCUCGGGUUGGAGCCACUCUCUAGGUCUGUGGGCCUAAGCCCAACCUCAACCUCCAGCAAACUCUCUAAACUUGGACUUCUACUUUCUAGUGAGCUUAAAGAUUUAGGUUAUAAUUAGCUUGUGUUGUUGAGGCUCAAAUUAAUUUUCCUAAGUUUAGAGCUGCCCAUCAGGCUUUGUGAGCCGAUUCCCUUGAGUUAAUUUCGUUCGUGUGAUUCAAGGAAGGUAAAGCUUGCCUUUCCUUCUUCCUCUGGUGCCGAGCUGCAUCCUAAAAUCCCUAACAACUCAAGCUCUAUCAAUUCUUCGCAAAGAUUCCCUUUCAAAUCUUCCCCAAAGGAAGCUUGAUGACUCGGUAUUUGCACAUGUUUUCCCCUUUGUUUCUUGAUUGUUUGAGCUUGAAUUAUCGUGUCUUUGGCCUAUUUUACGCUAGGUUGUGUUCUUUUGUCACAUUUCAGGUCCUAGCACAUAAAGUGAAGCAUAGGCGCAAGUUUCAAGUCAAUCAGAGAUCAAUUGACGAUUCGGGAGAAGAAACUUGGGUAUGACCUGAAGAAGAAUGGAUUUCUACCUCACUUUAUGGAAAAAGAAUCAUGAAAGCUUGUCAUAAAAAGAAAGAGGACGAGACUACGAGCGUCUGGGAUCAAAUGGCGACUGAUUCGGAGUCCGGACGAGGGAGAAACGAAGCAUUAAACAGAGGCUGAGCAAGCCACACGGGCACAACCCACACGGCCGUGUGACCUGGCCAUGUGGCCGUGUGGAAAUCACCGAGCCUUCACACGGGCAGCUGGGAAAUCCACACGGCCGUGUGGCCUGGCCGUGUGAGUCGGGAAUUGCUAUUUAAAACCCGAUUUUCAGCAAAAGGAGAGGGAGAGAGCUGGGUUUUGGAUCCCAAACACCCAAGGGACGAACCCUAGAGAGAGAGAGCGACUUGGGAACAUUCAUGGAGCUAUUUUGGAGGAUUUCUUCGCCAUUGGAGCUCGGGAAUCAAGCUUGGAGAUGGAGAUUGAAGAUCUAGAUCAGAUUUCUGCAGUCUCUCUCUUCUCUAUGGAGUAACUUCCCUUCACUUAGGUUUUGAGGAACCUUAGUUCCAUGAGUUAGGAUCUUUCUUGUAUGAAGUUUUGGAUGCUAUAUUGUUUGAUUAUAAUCGAAUGAUGCAUGUUUAUUGAGUCAAUUGAAGUCUGAUCAACUUUUCCUGAUUCCUGCUGCAAUCUGAGAUAGAUAGAAUCUGAUUAGGUUGCUAGAGUCUCAUCAUUCGGUAGUAGGAGAUUGGCUAUACGAGAGUUAGCCAGUUUACUGCUUUGUACUGGAAUCCAAUUCUAGUAGUGGAGUUCUGUGCUUAUUGCUUCAGCUUUCUAUCCCGGUGAAGACUAGUUGUUUGCCGGAUAGUUAGACUGAGAGGGUUUGGUCAGCUUAAGAGAUUCCAAGCUACUGUCGGAUCUUCCGCAGUUUAAUCAACAGUAAAUCAACCAAAAGGAAUUACAACUUGGACCUAAUUGAGGAGCUAGGGGGAAUCAUACCUAAGUGAGUUCCCAAACUGUAGUUAGUAGUUUUACUUAGUUUAGUUAGUAGAGUAGUUUAGUUAAUCAAUCCUUAAUCUAGUUUGCUAGAUAAUGAACUGAAGCUGAGUAAUAGUAACUCUAGAGACCUGUGGAUUCGAUAUUUAUUACUUGUGCCACUAUACUGCAGUCCCUUUCAUUGGUUACACUUGGCCAUUGUUAGGUGUUGUGUUUUAGAGCAUCAAGUUUUUGGCGCCGUUGCCGGGGACUUUCUAGAGUAUUAGGAAAGGCAGAAGUUUGUUACUUUAGCGUUUUUCUUUUCUUUUCUUUUCCACCCUUGCUUUUCACUUGGGUGUUUUUGUUUUUGUUGGUGCAGAUCUGAAUCAUGGAUCCUAAUGGCUUCUCCAAUCAUUGGGGGUAUCCACCACCAUCCGGGUGGUAUUACCCCGCGACUCCCUAUAGCAAUCAAGGAGGAGAAGACUAUGGAUUCGGGUUCCAGUACCAACCCCCUUACUACGGAGAACAAUCAGACCCCUGGGCAUAUCAAGAACAACCUCAUUACCAAGAAGACUUUCUCCCACAACCAGAAGGGCCAUCGGAGCUGGAGUUACCCAUGGCGGCCUUCACGGGCCACUCUGCAGAGCCAUGCUACACUUCACUGGAGGAUCCAAACGAACAAUUAAGGCUUCUCGUGGAGCAGAUUGCUCGAGACACUGAGAAAUCAUGCUCCAAGAUGGAUCUUCAAAUCAAAGCCCUUGCCACUUUCGAUCCCUCAUUUCUCAAUGAUAUGGAGGAGAGUGUUCAGCGCUCAGCGAAGCAAACAGAGUGGGUGAAGCAAGUUUGCUCACAUCUUGCUCAAGAUCACCUUUCUGCUACCACGCUAGAAGAGGUGGAGGAUGACAAAGGCUACGGGAGUGUUGAGGAGCAUACAGAAGUUAUCACAGAGAACUCCCAUGAUAACCAUGAUCAGGAAAGUCCUUUGGUUGCAGACCACACCUUUCCUCAUUUAUGCUCUAACAUGUUGGGCCCGUGCGAGGAGAUGCAAGAUGAUCCCAUUGAAGAAAUUGCUUGGCGACUUGCUCUCCAAUCUGUUCUAGAAGAAGAAGAGCGAGCAAGGAUGAGGAAGGAAGUUGUGGAUGAUGAGGAAGAAAGAAAAGAAGAGGUGGUUCUUGAUCUUUUCCCAGGGGAGAGACCACAUUUUGAAGAAGGAAGGGGGGUUGAGGAAGCAAUUGGCGUCGAGGCUGAGGAUGAAGUUGAGGUGGAAGAGGCAUGCACCGGCCAUGAGUUGCAAGUAAUAUCUCCACCAAACUUUGCGGAACUGCUUGGCAAGGACCCAUUUGCAGUGUCUCUUUGCCAGACCAAGGCCACAUCGACAUCGGUCCCUCUUGGUGGACGCGAUGGUGGUCGGUCGAUGCUGUCAUAUCUGGUUUGGGGCAAUGAGACGAGAGAAGAGAAGAAGAUGUCUCGAGGGUGGAGACUUCAUCUGCAUCAAGUACAUGAGCCUUCAUCACCUGCCACACCACAUGCUCGUGACUUGAGACUCCACCUCAUCGACGAGAACCUCAACUUCAAGGAGGUUCUAGCAUGGACCGAAACUUAGGAGCCAUCGUCCGGCUCACGACGUGAAAGAAGCGCUUGUUGGGAGGCAACCCAACCAGUCGGUUUGCAUUUCUUUCUCUAUUUCUCCUCGGUUGAGUCUGUUUUGUUAUUUGAUUUUAGAGUCAAUAACUCAACCUUUGUGAGAUUUUGUGUGGUGUUUGCGUUCUGAUUACUCUCUCUUCCUGGAAUGCACCGCCUGACCCGUCCAUCAUCAUUCACCCUUGAUCUGGUAACUUCGUUCUACCCUCCUUAUCUUUCCUCCAUUGAGGACAAUGUCGUAUUUAAGUGUGGGGGGGUGUUCGAUUAUGUAUGCGGGUGAAUGUUUGGCUGUUUGUGUGCUUGGAGCCUAGUCCACUGUCCAAAAUUUUAAAUUUGAGGGCUCCAAGUACGUGUUUCCUUGCAAAUUGCCUGCUCAGUAGGCUUUGAAUUGGCAGUCUCUAUAGUAAUGUGCAACCUAGGGAGGUAGUGUAGCACUAUGGAGGAUGUUGAAGUAUAAGAUUUUUCCUAUCUAGCUCUCUGCUGUGCCAAUUGAUUUUGUGAAUUAGUGGAGCUAAGACCGUUGAAUUCAUGUGGUAAUGGUGACUCUGUUUGGAUUAUGUUAUGGACUCGUGUAUCGAACAGGGUGCUCAUAUGGAAAAUGGGAAGCAGUUGGUCCUCCAUGUCAAAAUCAUUAAAUCCUAAACAUGGGGUAACCCCAACAUGUGCGGCACCGUUCAUUGCACAAAAUCGGGUUUUGGAAGAGAUUUUAGUGAUCCUUAGUGGGGUACUCCUACAAGGUGAAGCUAAGUUGUCUCUAGUACAAGUAAAACUUCCACCCGUUGAACGGUUUGCCUACUUGAGGAUGUGUUUUUAAGGGCACGGAUAGAGCUUCCGACCCCCCUUAAUUUCAUUGACCCUCCACACGAGUUGAGGAAAAGGAGUUAAAAGAAGUACUCUGGCGAGCUCCAGAUGUACAGAAAUUGCUCUUGCUCGACUAAUAAGGGUCGACCGUGCAAAAGAUUGCCGUUGGAACCCCACCAAAUGAAAGAAAAAAAUGUAAAUGAAAGUGAGAAAAAGGGGUUCCAACGGUGAAAUGAAGUGAAAGAGCACCCCGGUACAACGAAUCCUUGGUUGUGAAUGGUGUGAGUCCCUUUAUCCAUGAACUGACUGUCUUACUUCUACUUUUUCUCAUGAUCCUGGCUUGAGUCUAGUACUCGCAUUGAGAGAGAUAGGGAACGUCUUAGAAGACCAGUUGACCUCGUAAGCUGCUAUAUGAUCUAGGAAAUCCUCUACCAACGAUCGGGGUUGUAUGUUGCUAUAGAGCUCUGGAGAGCUGCAUUGGUUUGAGUUAGGUUUGCUUGGGGACAAGCAAACAGUUAAGUGUGGGGGGAUUUGAUGACUCGGUAUUUGCACAUGUUUUCCCCUUUGUUUCUUGAUUGUUUGAGCUUGAAUUAUCGUGUCUUUGGCCUAUUUUACGCUAGGUUGUGUUCCUUUGUCACAUUUCAGGUCCUAGCACAUAAAGUGAAGCAUAGGCGCAAGUUUCAAGUCAAUCAGAGAUCAAUUGACGAUUCGGGAGAAGAAACUCGGGUAUGACCUGAAGAAGAAUGGAUUUCUACCUCACUUUAUGGACAAAGAAUCAUGAAAGCUUGUCAUGAAAAGAAAGAGGACGAGACUACGAGCGUCUGGGAUCAAACGGCGACUGAUUCGGAGUCCGGACAAGGGAGAAACGAAGCAUUAAACAGAGGCUGAGCAA